AUUCCGCUAACCGCCUGCAACUCGCCAGAUCUCCGAUUUCCCACAAGCCUCGAUGCCUCCGGCUCAGAUGCUAUGAACCCAGCCGGAGACUACAGCACAGCACACAUUCGCCUCAAGACCAACACUGACCUGGUAGGCCACGGAAUAUCCUUUACCAUCGGCCGCGGAAACGACCUCUGCACGGCGGCAGCAAGGAUAAUGGGAUAA